AUGUCUGACCAAAACGAGAAAACCAUCCAACCUGAAGCGCCCAAUGUGGCCGACACACCUGAUGUCAAGGAGGUGGUGGAUAAGAUAGCGGAUGCCGCCCCCAGUGCGGAUCCGAGGGACAUAGACAGGACCGACUUGCUCGCAGGCGUGAAGAAGGUUGACCAGACAAUCCUGAGGCUGAACAAACUCCUAGCUUCCCCAGGCGGCCUCUCCGCAUUCCUCUCCACAUUCAACUACACCCUCUAUAUCCUCGCGUACGUGCAAACCAAGUCGCCCUCCAUCUCCAGCUUUGCCACCAAGCUGCUCUCCCUCAUCCGCCCGGCCUGCGACGACACCAAGAUCUCCGCGGCCACACUCCUGAACAAUGGCACCGUGCCGCCCAUCGCUGCGCUCGCAGUCCUCAUCUCCAAGGCGCGCACAACGCUGAGACUGUUCGGCCUCUUCCCGCUAUACGCGUGGCUGCGCUCGCUAGCCUCAGGCCCCAAAGCUGGCACAGAUGUCGUUCUGCAUAGAAUCGCCAUGCUGCAGGCGAGCAGCUACUUCUCCUACCAAGCGCUAGAGAACAUCUCCCUCCUCGCCGACUCAGGCGUCAUCGGACCCCGCUUCAUAUCCACCCUGAACCGCGGCGACUCCAAAACUGCGCGUCUAUACCUGUACGCCUACCGCUGUUGGCUGGGUGGCGUGUCAUGCGACUUCCUUCGCUUGAUGCGCGAGUGGCAGCUCGAGAGUCGCAGGAGGGUGACUAGGAAGCAGAUGGUCGCUGAUGGCCGGGCAGUAGCAGAAUACCAGGAAGAAGAAGAUAAGAAGUUUGACAACCGGUGGUGGACCGACUUUGUCAUCGCGAGUGCGUGGUUGCCCAUGGCGCUACAUUUCAGCAGCGCCACCGGUGGUCUGCCGGGCUGGAACCUGGGCUGGAUGGGCGCCUGCGGUUUGGUUGCUGGCAGCACGAGGUUCAAGGCACUCUGGGCGAUGAUGCAGCCCGGUCACGGAUCGGGUAUAAAGAAUACCUGCAUCCUACAUGAACUAGCUGUACGGGGCAAGUCCAACCGACUAUCAUCCAGAAGUGGGGAAGAUCUUCGAGAUGCGAGAUUGCAGAAGCUCUGGGAUACGAGGCUAGAGGGAGAUGGUUUCAGCAUUGUCGAAGCCAGUAUCGAUGACUACCGGAAAGCCUUCGACAAACAACAAGUCACCAGCGUUGACAUCGUCAUCAGCUGCCUGAAUCGCAUUGCGCAGUAUGACACCAUCCAAGGUUUGAAUGCUUUCACAGUCCUCAACGAGAACGUUCUCCAGGAUGCAGCAGCAUCGGAUGCACGCCGAGCACAGGGACUGAAGCCCCGUCCACUAGAAGGCAUACCAUACACAAUCAAGGACAGCUACAAAGUGGCUGGCAUGACAGUCACUGAUGGCUCCCCUGCUCUCAAAGGCGUCAUGUCAAGCGGCGAUUCUGCUAUUGCGGAGAAGCUUCGGGCUGCUGGGGCAAUCUUGAUUGGAAAGACUAACAUGCCACCGAUGGCUGCAGGUGGUAUGCAGAGAGGCAUGUAUGGUCGUGCGGAAUCACCUUACAACUCCAAGUACCUUACUGGAGCCUUCUCCUCGGGUUCGUCGAAUGGCGCCGCAACUUCUAUAGCUUCAAGCAUGGCAGCUUUCGGUAUGGGCAGCGAAACUGUCAGCAGCGGUCGAAGUCCGGCGUCAAACAAUGCGAUUGUCUGCUAUACCCCAUCGAAAGGACUACUCAGCUGUCGUGGACUCUGGCCGUUGUACAUUACAUGCGAUGUGCCCACGCCCUAUGCGCGAUCGGUCGAUGACAUGUUGGAGAUACUGAAUGUUAUCGCUACCCCUGACGAAGACACAACCGGAGAUUUCAUACGCGAACAGAAACACGUUCAAAUACCUCAACCGCCUUCAAUCAACUACACAGAUUUGCGCAACACCGAUGCGUUACGGGGGAAGAGAAUUGGUGUGCCAAAAAUAUACGUUGGUCAAAAAGAUUCGGAUCCGCAUGCAAAACACACUCACGUCUCACCAGAAGUGAUCGCAUUAUGGGAACAGACAGCCAAAGAUCUCGGCUCUUUGGGAGCAGAGAUUGUUUACACCGACUUCCCUCUAAUAACGAACUACGAAAAUGACUCAGUAUCGGGUGAAGCCAACAACGUCGAUGGUCGGCCUGCAAACUGGAAUCUCCUCGAGCGAGGUAUUCUUAUCGCUCAGGCCUGGAACGCUUUCCUCGAAGACAACAAUGACCCCAAUAUCAAGUGUUUAGCCGACAUCAAAGAUCCGUCAAUGCUGUUCCCAAAACCACCCGACUACAAACCUGACCGCUUCCUCGAAGUAAGGAACUGGAUUGAUUACCCCGGUCUACCCAAUAUGGUGCAGAAUGGAAGUAUACAUGACAUUCAAGGCAUGGAGCAAGCUCUAAAAGCCCUUGAAGCUCAAAGAAAACGUGAUCUGGAAGACUGGAUGGACAAGAAUGAACUCGAUGUUGUUGCGUUCCCAGCGCAGGGCGAUGUCGGUCUUGCAGAUCUCGAAUUCGAUAUUGACAGCACGACGCAUAGUCUCCAGAACGGUGUCAAGUACUCCAACGGCAACCGUGCCAUCAGGCAUCUUGGUGUACCUACUGUGAGUGUACCGAUGGGUGUUAUGAGUGAGAAGAAGAUGCCUGUGAACAUCACUUUUGCUGGCAAAGCAUACAAAGACACCAAGCUACUAGAGUAUGCGUACGCUUUCGAAAGCGCUACAAAGAAGCGUAUACCUCCGCCCCUCACGCCCGCUCUACCCACCGACACUAUUGCCCAUGCAUUUCCCUUGCCAUCUGAAGACAAGCACAUCAUCGAAUCUGUAACAGCCGCUGUCAACCCUUUAGGAGACUCUAAUGACGUUGAAAACAAACUUUCUCUGAGCAUGGACGGAAUCUUACCUGAACCUGCGUCCGAGUCUCUGCUCCAAGUCUUUUUGGACGGUCAUGUGGUGCACACUUCGGUGAUCGAGAGCGCAAAGUGGAGUUUCUCAAUCUCAUAUGCACUCAAGAGACCGGAAAUUCUGGGUUGGGAUCUCAAACCACUUCCAAAAAAGGAUCUUAUGGUCAUCGUGGUUGUGAAAAGGUUGGAUGGUGAUGAAGGUAUCAAGAAGGAGUCGAAGUUGCUGACGGUACCUGUUGAUAGGGCUGCCGAGGUGUCUGUUCGGGACGGUGCAUGA